GCACCAAGAGGACAGAGUUUUAACAUUCAAAGAGUCUCUUUGGGUUCACAUACAGAUGGAUUGGCUGCGAGAUUGGCUAUCCGAUAUCUUUGUUGGAAAAUCUGAUGUUGGUACAGAGCUUGAUCAUACUGUGAUUCAGCCGAUAAAGAAGCAAAGAAAAGAAGUUCAUCACUUGUUGACAGCCUUGGAAGGGAAUCGUUAUGAGGAUCAAAGCAUAGUGAAGCAUGGUCAAGAACAGGGUUCUUCUUCCAAGUCCCAGCUUACAGGUUUCAUAGAUUGGCUAUCUGGUCAUUCUUCUGUAUGUCAGAAGAUGAGAGCUUUCAGUUUUGAAAUAAGACGGCUGAUUGCUCGAGCAUCUGAUGUCCGCAAAGAACUUGAGCAUGCUGAGAUUCAGCCUGGGAAGAAACGAAGGAUAGAGGUUCAACACUGGUUGACAGAUAUUGAGCGGAUAAAAGGUGAGAUUCGAGGCAUGGCAAUGUAUGGUCAAGAGCAAAGAUCUUUUUCUUCCAGCUCCAAGCUUGUUCAGCGCAUAGAAAACAUCACGAAAGAAGUUAGUGAACUGAUUCAGCAGGGCAGAUUUCCAAAUGGACUUGUAUUGCACGAUCAUGACAGCACGAGAUUGCCGUUUCCACCAAUAGUCCCAUGGGGGAGGAUGUUUGCAUUGAAUUCUAAAACAAUCCUGCAAUGGUUAGAAGACCACAAUCACUGUAUUAUGGGCGUGUAUGGGAUGGGAGGUGUAGGGAAAACUACCCUAUUGAUGUCUAUAUACAAUGUGCUGCAGGCACAUUGUGAUAUUUAUGGGCUUGCUUACUGGGUAGCCGUCUCACAAAAUUGCAGUGUGCACAAGUUGCAAAAACACAUUGCUAAAGAACUUGGAGUGGAACUUUGUGAAGAAGAUGAUGAGAGGAAGAGAGCGGCUAUACUACACAAGACAUUAUCUGGGAAGACACAAACUGUACUCAUUCUAGAUGACAUGUGGAAACCAUUCCUAGGAAAUGAAGUUGGUAUUCCACUUGAAGGCAAUAAUUGCAAGAUUAUUCUAAGCACUCGUUCGUUAGAAGUGUGUCGGAGAAUGGGAUGCAAAAUUUUUGUCAUCAAGGCAGAAGUUCUUCAAGAAGGUGAAGCUUGGGACUUGUUCAGGGACAAGCUUGGGGACAAUAACACACUCACUGUGGAAGCAGAACAACUAGCAAGAUCUGUAGCAAGGGAGUGUGGUGGUUUACCACUUGCAGUUGCUACAAUGGCUCGGAGUAUGAGUGGGAUUGUUGAUAUUUACGAGUGGCAAAAUGCUUUAACUGAGCUGAGGAAACCUGCUAUUGGGCAAGUUGACAUGAAAGAUGAUGUGUUAUCGAAAUUGCAGUACAGUUAUGAUCGCCUGAAUGACAAGAUGUUCAAGAACGCUUUCUUAAGCUGUGUAUUAUAUUUUGGAGACGACAGCAUAAAGAGAACAGAAUUGAUUGAUCUUUGGGUUAGUGAGGGGCUGCUGGAUGAGAUAGAGAGAAGAGAAGAACAGGUAAUAAAAGGGCAUACGAUCCUGAAUAGACUGGAAAACUCAUGUCUGCUGGAAACGAUCACUGGUCAGGGUAAUGAAAAAAGUGUGAAGAUGCAUGAUCUGAUAAGAGACAUGGCCAUCAUGAUCACACAUGAAAUUCCUCAUGUCAUGGCCAAAUAUGGAGAAACAUUGCUGAAAGUGCCAGAAAAGGAGCAUUGGAGCAAGGAUCUAGAGAAGGUUUCUCUGUGCUGGAACCAUAUAGAAAAGAUUCCGUGUGGUAUGGCACCUAUGACCCCAAAACUCACCGUGCUGAUGCUCAAUGGUAACCCCUUGAAGUGGAUCCCAGAAUCAUUCUUUGCACACAUGACAACUCUCAGAAUUCUUGGUUUGUCGGGGACGGAUAUUGAGAGGCUACCCGAUAGUUUAUCUGAUUUGGAAAAUCUAAGGAUGCUCCUACUUAAAUGUGAUAAGCUAACAUAUGUGCCUUCACUAGAAAAGCUUACGAAACUGAGGGUUUUGGAGCUUCCUUGUAAUGAAAAUUUUUUAGCACCUAGAGGGAUUGAAAGCUUGAAGAGUCUUGAGAAACUUACGCCUGAUGUGUGGGAGACAAACAACGUGACUUGCUUUAAUGAAGUGGUAGAAUCUUGGCAAGUCUGUGAACUGUUCUGGGAGGAAUUUAGGCUGAUUGGUAAGGGGCACAUGUGUGGAAAAGUAGACGCUGAGGACAUACUUAGGUUUUGCGACAAGAAAGUGGUAGUAUUAGGUGUAGGAUUUGGUGAUCUUGAAUCAACUCCUGUGCUUCCAAGCAAAACUGAUGGGCUAUUUAUCAAGAAUGUUACUAUAGAAGGAAGUAGUAGCCUGGGUCUGGGAGAUGUUUUCCCUUCAUUGGCUCGUGCAAAAGAUUUAAAGGCACUGGUCAUAAGAGCGUGUACAGGUUUAGAACAUAUAUCUGCAUCACCGAAUCUACUUCCAGCUGCCGCCUUUUGGCACCUAAAGAAGUUAGUUAUUGAGGAGUGUCCUGAAAUGAAGGUGGUGUUUUCGCGCGAAUUCUUACAGCAGAAGCAACCUCUUCUCCCAAAUCUGGAGCACAUUAGUGUGUUUUUGUGUGACAGAGUGGAAGAGAUAUUUGAAACAGGAGACAGGGAGAACGAGUAUGAUAAAAUCAAUGCUACCAAAUCUAGUCUCGUUCUCCCUAAAUUAAGGAAUUUAAGUUUGUCAAGUCUACCAAAAUUGAGCAGCAUAUACAGGGGAUCGUUUUUCUGCACUUCUCUGGAAGUGCUUCUGAUACAUAAUUGUUCAGAGCUAGUGGAGAUAUUUGAAACACCAUUCUUUCUCAAUAAAACUAUUCUUUCUCUCCCUAACUUAAGGGAACUACGCUUAACGAAGCUUCCAAAGCUAAGCAGCAUAUAUAGAGGCCUACUCCUAUGCACUUCUAUGCAAGAGCUUCGCUUAGACAGAUCUCUAAAUUUGAACCUGGUGCCAUCAUUGUCUCGACACAUACUUUGUGACUCUUCAACGUCUACUUUGGUUUCUCUCCCUACUGAUCCAAGUUUUUGGGACUUCUUGCAUCGCAAUCUCCCUAAGGAUGCGCAUCAUCUUUCUGAUCUAAUCGAAGACACUGUUAUUGUAUGUGAUAUCAUGUUAAACAACAGCAACAUUAUCAGAACCCAGCUGAAACAGUAACUGAAUGACAUUGGCUGCACUUAGUUCUGCUUAGCUUCCUUUCGCCUUUUUCAUGCAUGCUUUGGUUAAUUGCUUCACUGUAUAUAUGUCUGUAUCCUCUUGUUUGGUAAAAUAAUUCACACAUUUGUCCAUUGUAAACAUCCAACAUGUAUGAAUAUCCAAUAUUGUAACUGUUGUAACAAACAAUGUAAUAUCAACAUUUUUUCAAACACAAGACUCAUAAUUC